AUGCCGAGACAAGCAACCGAGACAGCGAAGCGCGGCGGCCCUACCAAGUCUCAACAGCAAGCUACUGGUACGAAGCGGAAGGCCACGCAGCAGCCGGCACGUAAGAAGUCGGGGCCCUCUGAGCUCUCCGACAGUGACGCACCGGGAUUGCGGGCACGGCGCGAAACGGACGAUGUGGAGGAGGAGCAAGUAGAAGAGGAGCGAGAAGACGGCGAAGAAGAACCGGACAAUACGAUCCCGCCCGAGCUGCUGACACGGCUCCUGCAUGAGUUCUUCGAGAAGGACGACACGAGACUCAGCAAAGACGCGAACUUAGCGGCGGGGAAGUAUAUGGAUAUCUUUGUGAGGGAGGCGAUUGCGCGAUGUGUGCAUGAAAGGCCUGGUGGAUUUCUUGAGGUUGAGGAUUUGGAGAAGAUUGCACCUCAGCUGCUCAUGGACUUCUAG